GUUAGCAAACAGCUACCCUGGUUGCACCACAGCGUCACACAGGUUAGUGAGACAGAGUUAGCUCAGCAACACAAGCCCCCAUGGACCGUCUGUUCUGUGACUGUGUGAUCACUGUGGCUGUACUGCUGUGUGCGGCUACACAGAUGUGGUGCCAGCUGUGUGACAGGCCCUGCCUUUGCCCAGGUCCCUCCCCUCAGUGCCCCACAGGAGUCCCGCUGGUGUUGGAUGGCUGUCGGUGCUGUCAGGUGUGUGCCCGGCAGCGAGGCGAAUCCUGCACUGAGAUGUUUCCGUGCGACAACCAGAAAGGGCUGCAGUGUGACUACAGCGCCAGCUUCCCCGGGGACUCUGGGGAGUGUGUCAGUAAGGAGGAUCUGGGCUGUGAAGUCAAUGGCGUCACUUACCAAGACGGCCAGUCGUUUCAGCCCUCCUGUGACACUUACUGUCACUGCAGAGGUGGAGGAGUGACCUGUGUGCCAACUUGCCCUCUGACUGGCCGUCUUCCCACUCCAGACUGCCCAAACCCACAGUACGUUCGGUUGCCAGGGAAAUGCUGCAAGGAAUGGGUGUGUGAAAACCUUGAAAACACAGUUAUUCAGGAUGCCAUCACAGCCAUGCGUCCUGGCAGGUUGUCUCCAGCUCUCCCAAGGGAUCACCCACUAAAUAAACUGGUCCUACCUGCCUCCACCUGUGUAGAGCAGAGCACCCAGUGGAGUGCCUGUUCCCAGAGCUGUGGGGCUGGGGUCUCUACACGAGUUUCUAACCAGAAUCCUGCCUGCAAGCUGCAAAUGGAGACUCGACUUUGCAAAGUGAGGCCUUGCCAUGCAGUGCAGCCUGCCCCCAGGACACCGUGGGGGCAGCAGGGGUGGUGCAAGGCGAGCUACAUGUCACCAGGGCCCAUUCGGCUUGUUCACCAAGGCUGCUACAGCACUCACACCUACCAGCUCCGGUACUGUGGACAGUGCUCUGACUCUCGCUGCUGCACACCGCAUCAAACCAGCACUGCUGAGGUGACCUUUAGCUGCCCCUCUGGCAGACUGCUACAGCGAGCCGUGAUGAUGAUCCACUCGUGUGUCUGUCACAACAACUGCCCCUACACACCAUUCAGUAACCCUGCUUUGUGGGGAUACAGGCCCUGACCAGCCUGUAGGAGCACUGGUUUAUUCAGAACAAUAGGACGUCACUGGCCGAGUGGAGGCCUGGAUUGUGGGAGAAACCUUAGGCUUCUUCUUAUCAAUGGACCUUGAAAGAGAAAAUGAUCAUUGUUAAUAAAACUGUUUGAGUUGGGAUGAACAGUGAUCUUCACAUACAGUAUGAACAACUUCAGUCUGCACUUAUUCACAGCUCCUAUUCCAGCAUCUUGAGAAGCCAUUAUUGUGGUGGUUUUGACCUUAUCAAGAUUACUAUCAAGCAACCUUUGACAGUAUGUAGCACUAUUGAAACGGAAGUUACAAAGUGUUUUACAGGAAAAAUGAAAAACAGAGGCAGAUGAGACAGAGAAAGCAAUAUAUACAUUAAGGGCAAAUAGGUGCAUAAUCUAUUGGGUAAAAGUUGUAGAAAUAAGAAAACAAAUUGGUUUGAAGAUUCUUUUUAAAAUGUGCAAUGAUGUGGGUUCUCUGAGACUUCCUCCAUUAGAGUUCAGAGAGCACAAUUUCUUAAGGUGCCUGGUGUCAACAGUCAGCCUCUGUGAAUUUUUAAAACCAAUCUUCAAAGUGACAAGGAGCCCAUGAUUCAAACUGGGGUCAUGUGUGAUUAUUAUUAUAUAAACAUUGCUGAAAGGUUCUGGACCCUCUCCUGUCAGGACUGAGAAUGUUUUCUGAGGCUGCUGCAUGAGCUCUAACAGUAAUCAAGAUGUGAUGUGGUAAAAGCAGGGCUAACUUUUUCCAGAUCCUUGGGCUGAGGUUGGACUCUGAUUUUCGCAAUUCUCCUUAGCUGGAAACAAGAAAAACAGCAACAACAAAGCAGGACUGAACCAGAUGUAUGUAGCUUUGGCUUAGAAUAUGGCAGGUGGACCAAUUAAAUCAGAGUAAAUCUGCAUGAUUGUAUCUCAGCUUAGACAAAGAAUUUCUUGGAAUUCACCUAAAAACGUCACUAUGAACUGAAGAGCAUGAUAUCCAUGUGGUCAUAAUAGUUUUAUAGAUGUUCGCAUUGCUAACCAGAAAUAUGUGUCAAAGAGCAAAAAAAAAA